CAGAUCCAAAUGAGAUUCAGCCGGAUAGCAAAGCAAUAACACAGAGAUUUUCAGUAACGGUAAGAAGGCCGAGACACAUCAAGCGUCUUUCAGGAUGGGGCAGCUGGGCAUUCUCACAGUUUUGUGUUUGGCUUUAAUGCUAUUGUUACAUGACACAUCUGCAUCCAAGAAAGGUUCAAGCAACAAGAAGCCUCCCACUAAAACUAGCAACACCCAGGCCAACUAUCCGAGGCAGCCCAAACCAAAUCCUGCAGGUGGGAGCUAUCCGGCAGGUGGGAGCUAUCCGGCAGGUGGCAGCUAUCCGGCAGGUGGCAGCUAUCCGGCAGGAGGCAGCUAUCCGGCAGGAGGCAGCUAUCCGGCAGGUGGCAGAUAUCCCGCAGGUGGAAGUUAUCCCGCAGGUGGAAGUUAUCCAGCUGGUGGCAGCUAUCCGGCAGGUGGCAGCUAUCCGGCAGGAGGCAGCUAUCCGGCAGGAGGCAGCUAUCCGGCAGGAGGCAGCAAUCCGGCAGGUGGCAGAUAUCCCGCCGGUGGAAGUUAUCCCGCCGGUGGAAGUUAUCCCGCCGGUGGAAGUUAUCCAGCUGGUGGAAGAUAUCCUGGAGGUGGGAAUAACCCAGCUGGAGGACAGUAUCCAGCACAAGGGGGAAAUAAUCCUGGAGGGUAUCCUAACCAGUAUCCAGGAAGAGGAGGUGUAAAUCAAGGUGGGUAUCCCAAUCAGUACCCAGGAGGUGGGAAUUACCCAGCUGGAGGACAGUAUCCAGGACAAGGGGGAGGUAGUCCUGGAGGGUACCCUAACCAGUAUCCAGGAAGAGGAUACCCUGCAGCUGGUGGCUACCCAGUGAGAACAGGAGGACACCAAGGGGGUUAUCCAUCCAUGGGAGGAUCAUAUCCUAACUGGAAUCCUAACAACAAAAUCCUUAGUCCCGGCUAUGGAGGUGGAUUUGGGGGUCAACGGUAUGGAACGGGUGGCUCCCCAUUCUCAAAUACGGUUCAAAACAUGGGCUAUAAUCCAUCUGCGAAGUCCAAAGGCUUUGCCAAAAAGGCAAUGUUGGCAGCUGGAGUUGGGGCUAUGGCAGGGAUGGCUGUAGGAUAUGGCCUGGGUCGAUUUCCACGGCCACACUUUCAGUUUGGCAGCCGCCAAGAGGAGUAUUCCUACAACCGUUACAUGCACCAACGCAAUGACAUGAAAUCUGCUGACACAAAUCAGCAAGGAAAUGACUUUGCAUUCAAACCACCGGCUGAGGCCCAGACUUACGAAAAAUACAUGGACAACUGUAUGAAAAGAUCUGACCUCUUGCAAAAUCGUGAAGCAAAGAUUAGUAUCAUCCAGGGGGAUGAUCCCAUGAAUGGAUCUCUUAAGGCUUCCAGUAGUAUUUCUGAGAAAGUUGACACUGCUGAGAAUGGUACAACUAAGGAUCCAGUGCCUGUUGAGUCUCAAGAGAGCAAUGAUGAUACAGUGAGCAUCACAGAGAUUGGUUACCCUGCACUCAUCCAGCAAAUGAAGGCUCGUAAAUGUGUAGAGCUAUACCUGGCAUACUCUGAGAGCUUCCUGCAGAAGCAGGCACAACAGAAACCCAAAAACCGUAGUGACCCACCUGGACAUCACGGUUUCCAUGUAAUGCUCAUGACUGCCGUCAUGUCUCUCAGCAGCACCUUCUUGUUGAAGUGAGAGCAAAGAUAUGGCCCUAGGGUGUGUUAAACUGGGGUGUGUCCAGACAUGGAGACCUUCUGGGCUCAUCAGAAAUUCAACUACAUCCUUUCUUAAUCACUACCUGACAUAUCACAAUAUUAUCGUGUUAUUGUAUGAACAAUAUUGCAUGGUUUACAGUACCUGUUAUUCCUAUCCAGCAAACAUAGACAGCACUUAAUUCAAUGCUUGCUAGAUUCUCAGCAACUAAGCUUUUAGCAAAAUGAAUGAACUGGCUAAUGUGGCUUGUUAACUGCCUAGUGCAAUACUUAAUAGUAAUCAAUAGUUAAUUUAAAGCAUUUUUCUUUUUGGUAAUGGAAAAUUAUUUUAUAAAGAAAGGGUCAGGAACUGUGGUUUUGCACUGAAAAUGAGCUGUAUAUUCUGUAUUAUUAUUAUUAUUAUUUGUUGGAAAAUGUGUGACUUCUUGUGGCUUUUUAUUAUUUCUAAAUAAACUAACAUUUCUAACACA